AUGGAAGGCGCAGAUUCAUGGUUUCGCGCCGUACUAGCUCAGGACUCACGUCAAGUAAUGUCUCUUAUUGAUAAGUGGGCCAGGAGUCGGACUGCAGAAGGUGAGACGGCUUUGAUGCUCGCAGUCCGCAGUCGAAGCCAAGACAUGGUGCGCAUCUUAGUUCCCCAUGAGGCAGGCCUUCUAACACCAAGUGGCGAGACUUCUCUGGCGAUCGCAGUUCAGAUAGACGCACCAGAGCUCUGUAAGUUACUUGCUCGAGAAGAGGGUGGGAUCGCUCUUCCCGACGGCUCAACCCCGCUCCGCUUAGCCAUGGACUUGAACCAUAUCGACUGUGUGAAAGCUCUUUCCAUUUACUAUGAUGCUAGGCGAGACGAGCAUGGCCUCACACACCUGGAUUACGCCGUACUUGAUAAAAACAUUGCUAUCGUGGAAAUCCUUUGCACCACAGGAUACUAUAGUGCCGAGGCAAUAGCCGAAGCGCUUGAUUUUGCUAGAAAAGAUAAUGCUCCAGAUGUGGCAGAAGGAUUGGAGCGGUGGCUGAGUGCCAAUUCACAUCUGCUGACCCCUAAAAGUGGCCUUCCGUUCAGCUCCCGCUUAUCACCAUGUCCAGAUAUGAGCAGUACUUCAUACAGCACCGCACCAACCAGUGUAUUUAUCGCUAGCCCCACUGCCCUGCAAACAAAGCCCGCCACAAAGCGCACUACACAGGAAACGGUAUCGAAGCCAGUGCGCACACGUCCUGGUAGUGCCUCUGCUUCACAAGGUGUCCGCUCAACCACCCUUGCACCUUCUUCUCUUGCACAGGUACUAGCGCAGUCCCGCGCAAUGAGCUACGGUUACAAGGAACAGAUCCAUAAGUUAGAAGAGCACACAGCACAAUUAACCAAGAGGGUUGCUGAGAGUGAAGAACGUAACGCUUUUCUCGAGUUAUUUUGCAUCAAGCAACAAAAGUACAUAACGGCCUUGUCGAAGGAGUUGCAUAUCUUCCGAGAAGCAGUGUAUAACAUCACGUCAGAGAGAAUAGAAUACCUACAUGAGCACCCAGCACAUAGAACCAGAGACAGAGAGUACGUGUUGGGUCCAAGGAAAGGAUUACGCAGCUUGAAUAGCGAUGAAGCUCCUGGUGCAAAGCUUAGUCAGGGAAAUAUUACAUCUUCUACCAUUCGCCGCCUUCUAUCCACCACUGAUGAAUCAGUGAGGACGGAGACGCCACAGCAGCUUUCUAUAGACCUCAAAAGGCUACAUAACCACAUCAGUAAGACAAUGUGCUAUGAUAACGACGUGUUAAGCGAGCUAUCUGCAGAUAUGAGCACCUAUAUAAAGAAAUUCAACACUCCCAGAAAUGAUCUUCGAACAGCAUUUCUCGACGCAUCAUAUGGCACACCCAGGAAAUCCAAGAGUUGCACUAGGGAGCAUCAACUGCAGAGUUUUGCCAUCAAAAGCGCAGUUAACAAAGAUACAGUGGCUCAAGUGAAAAGCCCCACGAAUCGGAGCACAGUACGAGGAAGAGAGCUGAAGGGGCUUCCUAUCAAUUACGAAAAAUAUAGAUUGUAUAGUGACGCAACUUACAGGCAAAUAGGUAGUGGGCCAUUCAGCAUCCCAGAAUCUCCACCCAUUAAGGGGUCUGAAGUGCGGUGCACCAGUCUCCCCACGUCCCUAGUGAGGAGGCCUGUCGUCACAGAUGAUGAGCUUUUCUAUAUGUAUACAUCCAGACACUUUGAAGUGCCACCUGAGCCCAGUAGAUCCCAGGAGCACGACACGCAUUAUUCGAAUAGUUUGAAUAAGGAUGAAUCUAUACCUCUCCUUUUAACGCCAGGAGAGUCGGCGUCCUCAUUGUCUCAACCUUCCAUUUCGCCAUCAGUGGAUAUUACAAAUACCAUGACAGCGUCUACCAUUGCACAGCUGGAUGUGAUAGCUUACUACAUAGUUGACCAUAUUCCCACACCAGAACAGUACCUUUUAGCAAAGGACGACGCAGAAUCAGAGCUUAUGCUAGCAGCCUACGAAAACGAUCUCCAAGGAUGUCUGAAACAUUUUAGAGACCAGUCUGGAAGAUGCACGCUCAAAGGAGUGACCGCUCUCAUGAUAGCUGCAGAACGCGGAUAUGCAGACUGUGUCCGAGUCCUGAGAAGAACGGAAGCAGGACAUCAGAUAUCUGAUCCUCAUUACGCCACUGCUCCAAGCACAGCUCUGAUGUUUGCAGCACUUAACGGACACUUGGAUUGCGCAAGACUUCUUCUGGAGACAGAUGAAAAGACUGCAGACGAUCGAGGAUGGACUGCACUGAUGUGUGCAACAUGCUCCGGCAACAAGUCAAUGAUAGCUCUUCUUUUGCCAAGCCAGGCAGGACGUGUUACAACGGAUCACUUUGCAUUCGGGGAGGGGUUUGGAGCUCUUAGUAUCGCAAUACUGCUGGAUAACAUCGAUACAGUUACUGUAUUAAUGCAAAGUGAAAGAGAGCGAGAGUCAUUGAAUUUGUGUCAAUACCGUGCGAUUGACUUGGCGAGAAGCAAGGCCAUGAGAACCCAUCUCCAAAGCUUCCCUUGA